AAUGAUGAGUCGCAGCCCAGAAAGGAUAUCAUCAUAUCGCCGGCAUUUCGAGGACACCAGCACCUCCUCUUACCAGGUGAGGGUCAGCAGCCCUUCUCCCGUCAGACGGGAUGUGGGGAGGUGCCGUUCAGCCAGCUACUCCCGUAAUGCCACCGCUGUGAGAAACAGUAUGGAAGUGGGACGGAGGACCAUCUCAUCCUCACGCAGCCAGCCCCUCAUGACUGGUGUCGGAAUGGGAGCCAUCUGUGUCAGUGGAGGGGGUCCAGGGUUCGAUCUCGACCAGGCUGCUGCAGAAAACCGCGAAUUCCUCAGCACACGAACCAGUGAGAAACAAGAAAUGAUUCUGCUCAACGAUCGACUGGCAGCAUACAUUGAGAAGGUCCGGUCGCUUGAGCAGCAAAACAAACUGUUGGAGACGGAAAUCGAGUCCCUGAAGAAUCGAUUCUUGAAACCCACCGGCCUCCGCUUGCUGUACGAGGAGCAACUCAAGGAGCUGAAGAGGCUGGCUGACCAGAUGAGGGUGCAGCGGGACCUUGCUAUUGCUGCAAAGGAUGCUAUGGCGGGUCAGUUGGAGAUGAUUAAAAUGAAAUAUGAGGAGGCCUUAGAGAUGAGGAGGAAAGCCGAGCUUGACAUUGAAGCAUUCCGUCCGGACGUGGACGCAGCCACCUCCGCGCGCAUUGCUUUGGAGAAGCAGCUAGAAAACCUGGAGGUGGAAAUAGAAUUCCUUCAGAGAGUUCACAAACAGGAAAUCGACGAGCUUCUGAAACAGAUAUACUCAGCACACGCCUCAGCAUUAGACGUCUACAGUCUCCCCGACCUCUCAAACGCUCUCAAGCUGAUCCAACACCAGUAUGAUGACAUUGCAGCUAAGAACUUACAGGAAAUGGAUUCUUGGUACAAAAAUAAAUUUGAAGAUCUCAACAACAAAACAACAAAACAUGUGGACACGGUGCGAAGCGUGAGAGAGAAUAUUGUCACUGCGAAGAAGGAUAUUCAAAAUAAGGAGCGUGACUUGGACUCUUUGAAAACCAAAAAUGAGGCUUUGGAAGCACAGAUCCGUGAGACUCAGGAAAAGUACAGAAAAGAACUAGAAGAACUCCAGGCAAGAAUUGAGGCCUUGCAGCUUGAGCUGAAAUCCUCCAAACAGAAGAUAGCGCUGCUUCUGCGUGAAUACCAAGAUCUGCUCAAUGUGAAGAUGUCCCUCGAGAUCGAAAUUACCACAUACAGGAAGCUCAUUGAGGGUGAGGACUCUCGUCUGUCUUCCAUGGUCCAGGGCAUGCAAACCAUGUCCCUCAUGAGUGGCAGCAUGAGUGUUCACAGUGCUGGAGCCACAGUUGCAGGUGCCCUGGGUGCAGGAGUUGCUGAUAGAGCAGGUGGAGGUCUUUUCGGAGGUCUAGGUGGUGGUCUUGGAGGAAGUCUUGGUGGCAGCCCUGCCACAGGUCUUGGAGGAAGCAUUGGAGGUGGUGUUGCUGGAGGUCUUGCCGGAGGUAAUGAAGGAGGUUUUGUCAAUGGGAUCACCGGUGGGGUUGGCGGCCCAGGCACCACCGUUGACUAUACUGAAGAGCAGGCUGUGGAGAUGAUAGAGAGGAAGACUGUGCUUAUCAGAACAGUUAAAACUGAGGAUGACAUUCUGGAGAGCAACACACAGGAGAAAUCUUAUUCCAUCUCUGGAGCAGCAGAUGAUGAUGAUUAGUGGGGUUUUCUGCUCACCAGUCAUGCCUUUAGAUGCGUGUGCCUUACUCAAACAUCAGCUUGUGUCUUGCAUUGCUUGUCCAUAAAUGGAAAUAAAGC